UUUGUCCGGUGUCUUCUGCAACGAAGACACAUCCUCUUCAAGCAGGCGCUUUGAGAACGGUCUUAAGACAAUGAUGGAUCUAAUGACAGCUACUCCUUUCUAUCUCAUCAAUUCAACUGAUGACAGUGGUAGAAAUGGCUCUUAUUAUGAAGAUGAGGAUGAGUUUGGGGAAGAGCAUGCUGAGCUGAGACAGUCUCUCAACAUCAUGUCUCUCAUUGUUUACUGCCUGGCCUUUGUUCUCGGUGUGCUCGGGAAUGGAGUGGUUAUCUGGGUGACCGGAUUCAAGAUGAAGAAAACAGUUAACACAGUGUGGUUCCUCAACCUCGCUGUGGCCGACUUCCUCUUCACAGCGUUCCUGCCUCUGAGUGUUGUGUACACAGCUAUGAAUUUUCACUGGCCUUUUGGCAAGUUCAUGUGCAAGCUGAACAGCACUAUAAGCUUUCUGAACAUGUUUGCCAGUGUCUACAUCCUGAUGGUGAUCAGUGUGGACAGAUGUGUGUCUGUGGUGUGGCCCGUCUGGGCCCAGAACCACCGAAGUGUACGCAAGGCAUCUUGUGUGAGUCUGGGUGUUUGGGUACUGGCUCUGAUUCUCAGCACUCCAUACUUUGUGUUUAGGGACACUGCGCCAUCAUAUAACAACGAUGAUAUCAUCAAUUGCUUCAACAACUAUGCUCUUUCUGAUGACUAUGUAACAGAAUCUGUGAAUCAGCUGCGUCAUUUUCGCCAUCAGGCCAUGUCCCUCACCCGCUUCCUCCUGGGAUUCGUUGUCCCCUUCACUGUCAUUGUCUCCUGCUAUGCUGUGAUAAUCCAUCGUCUCAGAAGAAACCGCACCCUGGCCAGCCAGUCAAGUCGCCCCUUUAAGAUCAUCGCUGCAGUUAUCACCACUUUUUUCCUGUGUUGGGCUCCUUAUCACAUCAUGGCUUUAAUUGAGUUGGUAAAUCACAUGGCUAUUCAUUCAAGUGAAAUAUUAGACCAUGUCAUCAACAUUGGAGUUCCUAUAGCAACCAGCCUGGCCUUUCUCAACAGUUGCCUGAAUCCACUGCUGUAUGUGUUUAUGGGCCAAGACUUCAAGGAUAAGGUCCGUAAAUCCAUCCUGAAUGUAUUGGAGACUGCCUUCCAGGAAGAGGUUUCUCGCUCUUAUACCUACACAAACUCAAUGGUCACGAGUCGGAGCAAAGACAAGUCUGUUUCUGAUGCCGAGGUAUAAAGAUGUCAAUGAUAUGGAUACUGUAAUUGUACAUAGAUGUCACUGUAUAUAACAAAUAACUAAGCUUUGGUUUUGGAGCUAAGCUUGAAAACCCUCAAGGCGAUAAUGUAAAAAUGGUGUAAGUUUUAAACAUAGCAUCUGGUACUAGUACCUGUAUUGAUAUUAGUUACAUGAUUGACAACUUCACCCAAAGUAUUUACAAUCUGUUAGAGCAGACUAUGUUAAUAUUAUACUACAACUUCUAGAUUCUUUUUUUAAUGCAUUUGAGAGAUAAUGCAUUUUGAAAAUAUGGCAAGUUAUAAUAUAAUGGACUACUGUUUCCUUGCCAUAGAAUAAAGUAUGUUUUAAACUAGCAUAUUGAAAAUCAAUAGCAAUUAACUGAGGAACUUGCCCUUCAAACAUCUGAACCAAUGCAUCCAAGGGGAAACAAAAGGCCAUCUUUGGGUUCAUAAAGCGAAAUUAAGUGGGCUGAUACUUACACUUGGUGUUCUUAUUACUCAUUUAUUCUGUAUAAUAAUUCUCAUUAAAAAUCAUUCAUGUUAUGUCUAUUUUUUAUGUUGUUUAACAUUUAACUGCUACAUGUCUACUGCAUGCUUUAAACAUUUCUUUAAUCAUUUUUAUUCAGCUCUAGGAAAGGCUAAUGUAAGCCUAAUAAUAACCAUUUCACCUUUUUGCUUAAAAUAGCAGCUACAUUGUAUACUUGGCAUCGAUUGAUCUUUAAAUCAUAGUGAUUUUAAAAGUGCAUAAGUCAAUGUGAGUAAAUGCAUAAUGUGUAAUAAUCUGAUCAUUUAAAUGUAUAAUUUUCAGAUUUAUUAUCGAGCAAACACAUUUUCUUUAAAAAAUAACCCUUUCCCAGAGCCAAGGAGAUACUUGUGUCUUGAUUUGUAACUACCUAAAAAGAUAAUAUAUCCAGUUUACAAUCAAAAAAGACAAAAUAUUAUCUUUUUAAAAUCAAUCAGUGAAUAUUUGGUUUGUUUGAUAACAUCAAUUAACUAUUUUGAUGGAAUAUAAGGGAAUGGCAAACAUUUUCUAUGAUUUGUAUGACUUUGGUAUGGUGUGGCAGAUGUGAUUUAACAUGAAGUUUCUAUACAAUAUGUAAUAUUAUGUAAACAAUGUAAAUGAUAAAACCUUUUUUUAUAUUUAGUUUUAGACAUGUCCAAAUGUACCAAGAGUCCAUAGAAGCUGAUAAAGACUGCUUUUGUGUUGUUACCAUUAUUUUCAUUAUUAAAAUGUUAUUUCCACUUGA